AUGUCCGUGAAAUUAUUACAAAGUUUAAAAGGACACAAUAGCGAUGUGACUUGCGUGAUAUUUAUGGAAGAAGCACACUCUAUACUGGUUCCAGCGAUUAAAACAGUACGUGUUUGGAAAUGGCAAAUUGGCGAAGGAUUUCAGGAAGACGAACAUUCGCCUUUUUUAGGACAUAAGUAUGGCGUUACUUGCGUACGAAUAUCAAAGAAGGGAGAUCUGCUGGCCAGUAGUUCAGUCGAUGGUACCACUAUCCUAUGGUGUACGCGAUCUGGUUCCAGGCGCCAAAUGCUGGUGCAGGAUACUGGAGAGCCGGUGCGAUCUUGCGCCUUCUCCCGGACGGCGCAGUGUUAG